UACAUUUGGUAUAGCAGAGAGAAGACGGCACAAAAGCCUCAAAGGCAGCGCAACGAAAGCCGCGAUGUUCGCUGUGCUUCGAAGACAGAAUCGAGCCGACAGCGCAGGCAUGCGGGGCUAACCCAGACAGGCAUAGAGCACAGGGUCGCUUGGCAUUUCCAGUGUCAAUGGGGCACCACGACACGCCCAGCUCUCCCUUUCCGCGCCGCAAGCCGCUGAUAGCUGGUCUGUUUCCAAAAGCCGCUGUAAGCUCUCUCGUGCACCCCGCCGACCGCACUGCACAUCUUCUCCGCGCAGUCGCGGCUGCCCCAGACGCUCGAGCGCCUGCCCGAUCCGAGCUCCGCGUUGCGGACAGCUAUUCAUCGCUUGGGUUGACACCUCGCCGCCGCAUGUUGACACCCGCGGAACCGCUUGACGCAACACACGACCACUUCAGAGGAGCGACGCAAUGGCAUGGCAGUCGCCCUCGGCCAUGGGCCCGGGCGGAGCUGCUGGCGGAGGUGACGGCAAUGCGCAGACAGGGACAGAGUACACGCUGCAGGGAGUUAUGCGCUUCCUGCAGCUGGAAUGGCACAGUCACGAACGAGCGCGCAAUGCCUGGGACAUCGAGCGCGCCGAAAUGAAGGCCAAGAUCGCAAAGCAGGAGGGCGAGGUCCGCAGCGCGAAGAAGCUCAACGACCAGCUCAACAGGCACGUGCAGAUGCUCGAGCAGGCACUGAAGAACGAGCGGUCAAAGUCGAAGGCCGGGGCGAGCGCCCAAGCCGCGGCCGACGAAAAGAAAGACAAGGCCAAAGCAGAAGCGAAAAGUGGUAUGGGACUUGCAAAGCCCCAAGCCAAGCCUCACAAUUCGUUCCUCGAUGUUGACCCGGAAUCCUCGGAGCAUGCCGAAGCCGAGCGAGACAGCCUCCGCGAAAAGUCCAAGAUGUAUCUCACCAGAUGCGUCGAGGAGAUCACCUAUUUGCUGACACCGCCCGCUCAGCCGGCGCCUCAGCCAGGCCAUCAUGGAAUGGACAACGGCUCUGGUUUUCUGAAUCACGGACAGCCUUCAAUGGACGACCUAUACCCCGGCCUUCGGCAGCACCAGGGAAAGCCGCAAUUGCCUACGAUACCUGGCACAUCCUUAUCGAACCAUCAAGUACACGGUAUUCCUACAACUACAGAGAUGCACCCUUUCGGAGUGCAGCCGCCUCAGUUCCCUCCUCAGGCCCCGCCCAUGACGCGUGAGCCUUCAGGGCAGCCCCUAAUCUCUCAUACAGGCCCCUCAACCGACUUCCUUGCACAACCUCCGCAACAACAGCAACAACAACAACCCUAUGCCUCUGUGCCUGAGGAACAGGUGGAGAAAGUCACACACACUUUUGACAACCAGGGUCGACCGAUAGCCAGUCGAGAAGAAGGCUCAUUGGGCAAUACUCCAGUGACGGUGGAUGACCCCGGAAGCUGGAAUUUCGAAGAAGAACCAAUCACCGAAAUACCCCAGGAGCCCCCGCUACCCCGGCGACCAGAUACUGAAUCCUUUCCGAGUGCCAAUAGCAUCCCCGCAAAAUCACCGCCGCGACAAGGGAAACGUAAAACAAGUCUAGAGCUGCAUCGGAGGCGGGCAAGCCAAGGAGAAGCACGAGAAGUCGCCAGUCAGAAUGCACGAUCUGAUCCGCAGAAUUUCAAAGUACGAUUCGCGCUUCGUGGGCACCUUGACGUUGUGCGGUCGGUCAUUUUCACCGGUGGUGGUAGUCCCACUGAGCCGGAGAUCUGCACUGCGGGUGACGACGGCAUGAUUAAGAGGUGGAUUAUUCCUGCAAGUUAUGCCAACCAACAUAGCAUGAACAAUGAUCUGGACAUCUCUCCAUACUGGUCACAUCGAGGUCACGACGGCAUUGUAACUUCUCUGGCGGCAUGUCCCUCGACAGCCUCCUUCGCAACUGGCGGAAGGGUUUCUGGCGAUGGCUGGAUAUUCUCCGGAGGACAGGAUGCUACCAUUCGUGUCUGGGAGAGAGGCCGUGUGGAUCCGAAAGCUACCCUCGAGGGGCACACAGAUGCUGUCUGGACUGUAUGCGUACUCCCGGCAACAUGUCAUUCAGUGUUUGGUGCGGACUGUAGCAACUACGGUGGCCCCGACCGGGUGUUGCUUGCAUCAGGUUCGGCAGACGGUACCAUCAAGAUAUGGGCCGUGAGCGCACCUCCACAGCUCGUCUCGCCCCAGACAGGCUCUCGCCGUGGCGUUGGUGGAAGUCGAAGACACUCGGUGACAUCGGGAUCAAACUAUCCUUCAUCUCCCCAACCAAGUAUCGCAACUUCGACACCCUUCCACUACAUGCUUGUACACACCAUUGAGCGUGCUACGCACCCUUCGCCCACUUGCAUCAGCCCUCUUUCUCCCAACGGUGAGAAUUUUGUGGUUUCGUUCACAGACGCUUCGAUUCUCGUAUACGAUACACGAACGGGCGAAGAGCUCAUUGGCAUGGCCAGCGCAGAAACCUAUGACGGCACACCGGCAACAGGUAUCACAUCUGUCGUCACGACUUCACAAAGCUUGGAAGGUGCAUCGGCACAAGAUUCCAACCGCGGAUCCGACGAAGAGGGCGCUGUCCACGGGCCAACUGGGUCGGGCACCAGUGGGGGUGUGGAGGGCGUUAUCAUCAGUGGGCACGAAGACCAGUUCAUCAGGUUCUACGACGCGAACUCUGGUCAAUGCACCUACAACAUGCUCGCCCACCCCGCCGCGAUAUCAUCCCUUGCCAUCAGCAAAGAUGGCCACGAAGCCGUCUCUGCGGGCCACGACGCCUCGAUCCGCUUCUGGUCACUCGACAAGCGCAUCUGCACGCAGGAAAUCACCGCGCACCGCAUCAUGCGCGGCGAGGGCGUGUGCAGCGUCGUCUGGAGUCAGGAUGGGCGCCUCGUCGUCUCCGCGGGCGGCGACGGCGUUGUCAAGGUAUUCGCUAGAUGAUGAAAUCCUGCAUUCAAAUUUCUAGCGCGCGCUGAGCUGCAUUUUCAACCCACACGCGUAUUGCAUACCGUACAUUUUUAACCAGAAAAAUACCCCCAACGCGCACGAGCAUUCAUUGGAACGAGACAUGGGAUUUUCCUUAAGAUCGGACGGAGUUGGAGUGUCGGGCAGGGCUGAUGAGGGUAAUGGAUGAAUGGCGGAUGGCUUUUAUCCUUCUUGUAUCAAGUUCAAGUACUUUGCGCAGCUUGAGGGGUGGAUCAGAG